UCUGCACCGUUUAACGCCCAAGCAGCUACCGAGCUUGUUGAUUCGAUUCUUCCAUACGUGGAGUGGCAAUCUGAUCCAGACACCUCCUACCUCAAAGCUCCUCCGUCCGGAUACCUGAUGCCCGCGAUUGACAUCAAGAAAUCUCUGAAUUCGAUCAUCGCGAAUAUCACAGCCGGAACAUAUGCCACUGAACAUGCUUUCCAGACCGAUUUGCUGAAGACCUUCCAAGCCGUGCACGAUGGGCAUUUUCGCUUUGCACCAGAUUUGGUGUCCAAGGCGCUGCAGUUUCGUCGAACGGUGCAGAUUGUGUCGGUGAGUCGUGAUGGUGUAGAGGUACCGAAGGUGUAUACCAGGCAAGACAUUGCAGCUUUCGCGGCCGCCAACACGACUGUCAUGCCCUCUGCUAUCACGAACAUCAACGGUCAAAACGUGACGACUUUUCUCCAGGACCUGGCGCAGCUCGGUUUCCUCCAAGAUCCAGAUGCGUUGUAUAACAAUUUGUUCUAUGAGAUGGCGUUCGAUGCACAAUAUGCAUAUAAUCGGUAUACUGGCUAUUUUGCUCUUGCUGGUCGGUAUGGAUACUUUUAUCCUGGACCUAACACCACUAUCGAGUUCGCAAAUGGGACCGUGAAAACGUACCAGAACUAUGCAGAUGUCGUGGGCAGCUUCAAUGGCGUUGUGGAUGGACCGUCUCUAUAUCAGACGUUCUGUACUGGCCCUCACCAAGCAGCGGUCAUAUACAACAACACGAUGACGAUUCAAGCGCCAACUCCUCCACCAUUGCCGCCCCAGGGAAAGACCCCUCCUUAUGGAUAUCCGACUCCUGAUGUCGUUAGUUCUGACCUGCAGAUCUCGGGAUAUUUCUUGAACGAUUCGGCAUAUUCGGACGUUGCGAUAUUGAGCAUGCUUUCUUUCGAGCCUAACUUUCCGGUCGAGUUCCAGUCCACAAUUCAGACCCUAAUUUCGGACGCGAAAGCUGCUGGGAAGACAAAGAUUAUUAUCGACUUGUCAUCCAAUGGAGGAGGAGAUCUCUUGACGGGAUAUGAUGCGUUCAGGCAAUUCUUUCCCAACAUCACGCAAGAUGGAUAUUCUCGGCUGCGUCAACACGAUGCUUUCAAAAUCAUGAGUAAACAGAUCUCGAAAUAUGCUGCUAACUUCACAACUGCUUCAAACAAUGCUGAAGACUACUUCACAUAUGAGUCAGUACUGAACUAUCGAUACGACUUAAAUUUCACAAACACCAGCUUCCUGACUUACGAGGACAAAUUUGCCCCCACGACAUUUAAUGGGGACGAAUUCACCCCGCUUAUCAGAUGGAAUCUGGACGACCCAACAACGACGACUAAUCCUAUUUGGGGACUUGGUGAGACUGUCACCGGUUAUGGAGAUAGGCAAAACUUCACACAACCAUUUCCGGCCGAGAAUAUCAUCUUACUGUAUGACGGGUACUGCGCAUCAACUUGCACACUUUUCAGUGAAUUCAUGCGCUUGCAAGGAGGUGUGAAGUCAAUCGCAAUGGGCGGUCUACCAACCACAUCGCCAAUUCAAGGUAUUGGGGGAACUAAAGGUGCAAACAACUACGGCUUCGACUACGUUCUUCAACUCGCAACAGUUGCGCUUGCUCAAGGAACGCCGGCAGAAGUUGCUAACUGGACUUCUGUUCGAGCAUACUCUGAUCUUCCAAUGAAUCGCAGUAUAGAUACAUCGUUGAAUGUGAGAGAUCAGAUUCUGGCACCGAAUUUGAAAGAUGGAACACCAGCACAGUUCAUAAAUGAGCCAGCGGAUUGCAGACUCUUUUAUGAACCGAGCAUGACUGUAGAUGUCAGAGCCAUUUGGAAAAAAGCAGCGGAUGCGGCUUGGGGGUCGGCGAAAUGUGUUGCUGGAAGCAUUCCACACAAGGUCGAGACUAGAGCCGAGAGGAUGAGAAGAUCGGAGGAGAUGAAGGUGAGAGCAAAGACCGAAGGACUUAUUCCUCUGCGGUCAAGAUCUAUGGAUGUCAUGCAACUCCGAGAGAAGAUUGGAGGACAUAGCAAGAAGGUGCCUCUAUAG